AUGACUGGCUCCAACUCCUACGGAGACGUGGUCAACUUCACGUCUGCCCAGUGUCCUCCGUUAACAAAUCCCAUCAACGGCUUCUUGACUGGCCCCAACUCCUACGGAGACGAGGUCAACUUCACGUGUGAGCCAGGAUACAAACUUGUUGGUACAUCUUCACUGACCUGUCUGUCUGAGGGAACUUGGAAUGGAAACCCUCCAACAUGUGCAGCUGCCCAGUGUCCACUGCUGUCAAACCCCAUCAAUGGCUUGGUGACUGGCUCCAACUCCUACGGAGACGUGGUUAACUUCACGUGUGAGCCAGGAUACAAACUUGUUGGUGCACCUUUACUAACCUGUCUGUCAGAUGGAACUUGGAAUGGGGACUCACCAAUAUGCACAGCUGCCCAGUGUCCUCCACUGUCAAAUCCCAUCAAUGGGUUCAUGACUGGCUCCAACUCCUACGGAGACGUGGUCAACUUCACGUGUGAGUCAGGAUACAAACUUGCUGGUACAUCUUCACUGACAUGUCUGUCUGAUGGAACUUGGAAUGGAAAAUCACCAACAUGUACAGCUGUUCAGUGCCCCACUCUGCCACAUCCACGUAAUGGCUUCGUGACAGGCUUCAACUCUUACGGUGACGUGCUUCACUUCACAUGUGACCAAGGAUACAGGCUGGCCGGCAAAUCUUCACUCACCUGUUUGUCUGAUGGAAGUUGGAGUGAACAGUCACCAAAAUGCGCUGGGACAGAGUGUCCUUCUGGGUCCUGGACGGAUUGGUUCGAUCGUGACGACCCCACAGGGACUGCAGACAGUGAAAUCCUAACCGAUCUAAGCCAGGACUAUCCAGGGCAGAUCUGCGACGCUCCUACAGCCGUGCACGCCCGCGUUAUCUCCACACAGCAGGAGGCGUCCCUGACAGGACAACACAUCUACUCCUACGACACGACCGCCGGGUUCCUCUGCAGGAAUGUGGACCAGCCUGACGGCAUAUGUCUGGAUUAUGAGGUCCGCUUUUGCUGCUCGGAUGUUGGAAAGGGUGGAUGGUUGGCCCAGGAUUCGUCAUGGUUUUUGGAGUCUAUCGGCAGACCUCAUGUGAAGGACGGAGUGACAUAUGAUGCCACCAAAGCCUUGGACGGGGACACUAUGACCUAUUGGAACCCUACCGGUACCGACCAGAGCUUCAACAACUGGUACAUAAUACUGGACCUCAAAUCGUCCCACACUCUCACCCGCAUCGCAGUUAACAACUACGGAGACACCACCCAUGACAUUGCAGCCUUCAAGUUGCAGGCAUCACAUGUAAGGUGUCCGCGCACCUGGAAGGACGUCGUGACCAUCACUAACGUGCAGGGAGGGGCGAGGCAGCGUCAGGAGUUCGGCGGGUUCCAGGGAACAGCGCGGUACUGGAGGUUCGUGGUCACGCGGACCCACUCGGGCUGGCAGCCAUAUCUCACAGAACUGAACUUCUACGGAAUCCCAUCAGGUACGAGAGAAUAUAUGUCUAGUUUAGAAUUAUGA